AUGACGAACUCUAAGCGCGAAGUUGAAGGACUCGCCUCCCUGCUAUCGAAAAUAAGGACGAUCCCAGAGAGCUACGACAGUCUAGCAAGUCCUCCACAAGCUCGUCUACAAGCAACUCGCAAGCCUGUCUACUUUGAUGAUUACACUGAAAUUAACGACGAGCAAGAUCGAUACGAUGAUACUAUGGACAUUGACUUCACGCGUGGCUUUGUGUACGUGGGCGGUCGACAGUACACAGUACGAGACUACCUGGGAGAGGAAUGGGUGGAAAGAUUCAUUAUGAGCCUGCACAAGACACAGUCAAUUCCAACCCCCAAAACUCUGAUUUCCCAGCCCCAUCCCUGGCAGCUGCAUGGAGCAGCCAAAAUCCACAAGUUAUGCUUGUCGGACAUCCGUGGGGCUAUCUGCGCCGAUGCGAUGGGGCUAGGAAAAACGUUGCUGGCUAUUAUCUGUAUGGAACUGGCGAAAAACGAGAGAGGGGCGUUCUCGGUUUAUGUUUGUCCGGCCUCGUGCCGCGAGCAGGUCAAAGAGGAAAUCAUUGGAGCAUACCCAGAGGGACAUACACCAAACGUGCUCAUUCUCGACGAUCAUAAAAUGUCAGCAUCAGCCCUCGUGGAAGGCAAAUGGGACAUAAUCAUAUGCUCGUACAACUUUCUAACCAAUGCCUACAAGAAGCAAUUGGAUUUUGACAAGAAAUUGGAGCUUUUCAGGGGUGGUAAGGGUCCUCGCCCCCCUCGACCUGUGGGUGGGUUGUUUUCGGACUUUUGGAGAUUGACCGCCCUCCCGAUUAAGCGUCUGGUGCUAGACGAAUGUCAAGCAAUCAAAAAGGAAGACGGAAAGCGAUUCCAAUCUGUGAAAGCACUUUACAGCCGAGCAACGAUCCUAUUAUCGGGCACAAUUCUAAGCAAUCGCUGGUACGACGUCGCAAAUGCAGUAGCAAUGUUAAGGGGCCACCCCUUCGACAGCCGAGAAAAGUUCAUCAAUGCCUUUUCAGCUGCAUCAAGACGAAAUACCCGGGCCAAUUCAUAUGACGAGCCAGAUUUUGUGUCAGUUCAGAGAUUCCUUUUAGGGAUCACUGUUGCUAGGCCAGGAAAUUGCCUAGUGAUGCCCGAUAAGCUUACUAUGGAUUUCAGAUUUGUGCUGAGGAGUGACGAGCAGGAAAAGGUCAAGGAGGCUACGGUGAAGUAUAAUAAGGCAAGGAUUGCUGCUGCCAGAGGAGGCCAAAACGACACAGAAUCAAAGAGAGCAUUGGGGUUUGCCGUCGUCGCCCAGCUCUUGGGUGCACACAGUUUCUUGAGCCAGGGCGACGUAUCGGAUCUACCAACGGAGGCCGCAGAAGUUGAUACCGACGACCCUGAAGACUUUCUUGAAGAACUGACACGCCGCAUGCAAGCUGAGAAUACCAACCCAAAGUCGAGGGCAGAAUGGCUCAAAUUCCUUGACACCGUUGACAAAUCCGAGCUCGCACAGUCGUCCAGAAUUGGUGCUUUGAUACGCAUUAUCCACCAUGCCAAGAAGCAUUGGCCAGGUGAGAAAAUAGUUAUAUUUUCUACCUUUCUCCGGUUCCUCGACAUCAUUUAUCACGUGAUCAAGGCUGAAUUUGGGGACUUGAGCCUUGAGCUCAACGGAACGCUGGACCUAAAAGCCAAGACUGAAGUCCAAGAAACUUUCAAGACGAACAAAGACUGCAAAUUUUUGCUAAUAACCAGUGGCUGCGGGGGGGUGGGCUUGAACCUUCAGUCUGGAUCCAUCGUGAUACAGACUGAAGUCUGGUGGAACAGAAAUAUGGAGAUACAGGCCCAUGGUCGGUGCUGGCGACAGGGUCAGGAGCGGAAUGUGAAAAUAAUUCGGAUGAUUGCUUCCAACAGCAGUAUUGACGACGUAAUCAAAUCGUGCCAGGUACGCAAGGAGAAAGAGAACAACGAGAUUAUGAGGGUAAUCAUCAGGAGGGACGAUAAUAAGUGCGUUCUGGAACUGACCCAGGUGCUGCUCAAAGCAGAGGAUGGCACCACGAGGAACGUCAAGAUGGCGCAGGCGAUUCCAAAUAUGAUUCAACAUGAGACUCAAAAUAUGCCUGAACAGCCAAAUCGAGAUACAAUCCUAAUCGUGCGACUCACCGCGCAACCGGUAGUGGGAGAAGAAACGAGGCAAGUGAAGGCAGUCGCACCUCACUCGAACAAAGUCUACCAAGCCCAUUGCCUAGAGGGGGAUACGCAGGAAUCUGGGUCCCUGCCUGCCGACCAACACGUUGCAUUUAUGAAUACCUCGGAGAGCACUCCGGUGCUAACCGCUGGUCAGAUCUGGAGCGAACGAACCUCUUGUGAAUGCGGCGUUCACGCCAUCACAUCAGUUGCAGGUACCUGA